UCCUUCCGGCGAGGGAGGCGCUCGAGUGUCCCUGUCAGGGCCGCCCGCUCAGCUCGGCGAGGCGGAGGGGAGGAUGGACGGCGGCGGCGGUAUCUUUUCCCACCUGGAAACGCUGGAAGCUUCUGCCCGCAAGAAACAAAGGGAAAAGAGAGAACAUGAGGAGAAUGUGCACAGAAUGAAAGCAAGGAUCAAGGAACUGAGGCAUCAAAGAGAUUUGCUGAGGGCCAAAUUGGAAGUGUGUCGUUCUCAAAUUGUUGGGGUCAAAGACAAAACCAAAAGUGGUUCUCUGACUUCUAAGGCUACAGACAUUCAACAAGUCCUUCUGGAGUGGAAGACUGAGAGCGCCAAGGAGUUACUGCACGUCUUUCGUCUGACAGGCCUCAGUGGGAAGCUGACCAAGCAAGGAGUCUGUCUGUGCAUCAGCACUGCCUUUGAAGGCACCUACCUGGACUCUUAUUACCUGGACCUCCACAUACACCAGCCAGUCCGGAUCCUGCGCCACUCCGUGCCACCCUUCAUCCCCUUCGAGCAGAUAGCUCGCAAGCAUUUGCAGACAGACAUCAAGCGCUUCUUGUCUGUGCUCUCAAACCACCUGAACGCUUACGCUGGGAGAAAAUUCCAGGCAGAUCAGUUACAGGAGCGUUUUGCUGCUUUCCUUGAAGGACAUUUGCAGGGGAAUUCCUUAUACAACCUACUUAAAUUUAACUAUGGUGUGGCAGGAGAAGGUCAGACUUUCCCGUUCACAGCAAAACUAACUUACGGAGAUCCUGUGAGCGCCUUCCCAACCGAGGUCACUGUUACAUGUGAAGAAAAUUCUCCAGCCUCUAUGCUUGACAUGGCAGCAGUUCAUUUGCCCCUGUUCAAAGAGAAAUCUCUUCAUGAAGCUUUUCAUUGCAUCACAACCUCAGAAGAAAAUCUGAGUCCAUCAUCUUUACCGGGUUUGCCUGCCCCUUCAACGGGCGCGACUUCCAGUGACAACACACCUCUCUGAGAUUGCUGCAAUGUGAAUUAUCUUAUCAACAAUGGCACUUCAGAGUACUGCAGAUCGGUCCUGCACAGAAAACCUCUGUUCCCUGUGUUACUGAAAAUAUGCCUUCUAAGAAGGCCACUGGCCAUCUCCAAAACAGCUGCCAACCACGCAAAAGCAGCUGGACCUACGUGGAGAACCUUAAAAUGUAAUGCUGAGUUGUUGGUUUUUUUUUUAAUUAAAUGUUUCUACUUUCAUAAUAUGUUCAAAAGCAAAUUAAUUGCUCACAUGGAUAGUAAUGUGUACUUCACUGGUGAGGAUAUACCAGAAUCUGCAGCAUAUGUGCUUAUUGAUAUCAAUCUUGUAUUGCUCUUUAUAAAAGGCCAAUAGUUAAGUUCUAA